CGUUCCUCGGGGACAAAAAAAAGUGGAAAAAAAAAACAUUGAAUUCUCCCUAUCAAAAUCGGGGAAUCGCAGCAAUUUCAAUUUGUGACAAGUAAUAUGAUUCCCAAUUCAAACUGUAAACUAAAAAAAUGUUCAUCCUCCUGUAUUAGUUCUGAUAAUAAUCUCGGUGAAAGUGAGUGUAAAUGCAGUACCUCGGAAACCGUCUCCGGAUCGGACCUCAAAAGCUGUGCUGACCGUUUGAGUGGUGAAACCAGUGAAACCUCUGGCGAAAUCGAGGAGAAAAGCGAUCAGGUUCAAGGAAUAACGCAAGAUAUUAGUACCAGCACUGUGAAUUCCGAUUUUGACGAUUGUCCAUGCUCCAUUAAUUUAGGAUCAGCUCACAACAAUGAAUUGGAUGCCGACAUGGAAGCGGACAAUGUGAGCGCUCAGCUGGACCUCGACGCCUCUGGGAGUGAUUCUGAACUCUCUGACAGUUCCUCUGAGUGCAACGGCGAUCUACAAGAUAGCUUAAAUUCAUCAUUACCAAAUAGUCCUCUCUCUGAGUCUCAGAAAAAGCGUAAAGGUGAUGCUCACGAUGAGGAUGGGCCCUGUAAAAAGAUGAACGUAGAUGCUUGCGCAAGUCAUGUAGAGAAAAGUAAAUUACCAAGAAAUAUUAUUCCAUCUAAAGAUAACCCUCCGCCUGAAAUGGUCGAAUGGCUUUCCACAUUUCAGAAAUGGUCAAAUGCUGAACGUAUGCUUGCAAUUGACCAGUUAGUAACUUCUUGCGAACCAACCCAAGUCCGAUACAUGAUGCAAUUAAUAGAACCGCAACUUCAACGGGAUUUUAUCUCCCUUCUGCCCAAAGAAUUGGCGCUGUACGUUUUGUCAUUUUUGGAGCCCAGGGAUUUACUUCGCGCUGCUCAAACAUGUCGCAACUGGCGAUUCCUAGCAGAAGACAAUCUUCUAUGGCGAGAAAAGUGUCUUGAAGCUGGGAUUGAACCAGAACCUGCACAGAUCAUGUCAAAAAGAAGUAGACAUAGAAUUGGAAAUAAUUCUAACUCACCUUGGAAGACUGCUUUUAUUAAACAACACACUGUAGAAAUGAACUGGAGACUGCGACCAAUCAGGGAGCCUCGUGUGCUCAAAGGACAUGAUGAUCAUGUGAUCACGUGUUUACAGUUCUCUGAAAGUAGGAUCGUCAGUGGCUCUGAUGAUAAUACGCUUAAAGUUUGGUCUGUGACCUCUGGCAAAUGUUUGCGAACAUUAAUUGGUCAUACGGGAGGAGUAUGGUCUUCCCAAAUGUCAGGAACAACCAUUAUUAGUGGAUCCACGGACAGAACAUUGAAAGUGUGGAACGCCGAGUCAGGUCAUUGCCUUCACACUCUUUACGGACAUACCUCAACAGUGCGUUGCAUGCAUCUUCAUGGCAACAUAGUUGUUAGUGGAUCCAGAGAUGCAACUUUGCGCGUUUGGCAAGUAGAUACGGGUGAAUGCCUUCAUGUACUAGUCGGACACCUGGCGGCAGUGCGGUGUGUCCAGUAUGAUGGCAAAUUAGUUGUUAGUGGCGCGUAUGAUCACAUGGUCAAAGUCUGGAACCCAGAACGAGAGGAAUGUCUGCAUACUCUUCAAGGACAUACUAAUCGAGUAUACUCCCUUCAGUUUGAUGGAAAGCAUGUCGUGAGUGGUUCUUUGGAUACGAGCAUACGAGUUUGGGAAGUGGAAAGUGGUGCUUGCAGACACACGCUAAUGGGUCAUCAAUCCCUCACGAGUGGAAUGGAGCUCCGCAAUAACAUUUUAGUCAGCGGGAACGCCGAUUCAACUGUCAAAGUCUGGGAUAUUUUAACGGGUCAUUGUCUUCAAACUCUUUCAGGUCCAAAUAAACAUCAAUCAGCAGUCACGUGUUUGCAGUUCAACUGUCGAUUUGUCAUCACAUCAUCAGAUGAUGGUACUGUCAAACUUUGGGAUGUUCGAACAGGUGAAUUUAUCAGGAACUUAGUCGCUCUGGAAAGUGGAGGCAGUGGAGGUGUAGUGUGGAGAAUUAGGGCUAACAAUACUAAAUUAGUCUGUGCAGUAGGAAGUCGUAAUGGCACUGAGGAAACAAAAUUACUCGUUUUGGAUUUUGACUUUGAGUCUACGUAGUAAGACCUUUACUUUUUAGUUCUAAAGAAAAAUAUUUGUUAAGACAAUGCGCGUUAUUUAAUUAUUUAUCGUUUGUAUUACUAUCUUGAUUAUUAUGUUUUACUCUUCAUUGCCCCCUUCUUACGGUCUUGUCGUUCGGUUUGAAUUCAUUGGAGUACAAUGAAACUUGAAGCUUUCUCAAAUAACUCUUCAAAUAUUUGUCGAAUGGAUCUUGAUCUAAUUAUUUUUACACAGAUGAUCACAACUACCACGGGUAAAAUUUGGUGGUCGCAGAGUUAUUUAGUUUUAUAACUGUUUUUUUUUUCUUGUCUUUUUUUUGUUUUUAUCGUAAUUUAUUUUAAUCGGUUUUUUGAGCUCUAUCAAGUAUUAAGCGUUCCCUUUUCCUCUCUUUCUCUUUUAACUUUUAUUGUUUCUUGUUUUUUGUUUUGUAUGUGAAUAGGCGUUAGAGUUAUCGCUGCCUUAAUCGUUGCCUUUCUGAUGUAAGAGUGGAUCUCAAUUUCCACUCGAGCCUUGUGCUCUGUGUAACUCAAUGCUUUCCGCAGCUCAUGUGGAAAUAGAGAUAAGCCUGUGUCACACUAUCAAAGCCAGCCAUCAAAAUAUCAAAGUCAAGUGUUGUGAUUGGCUUAUUUGAUGACUCGGACCAAUCACAGCACUUGACCUUGACAUUUUGAUGGAGUAUUUUAAUAGUGUGACACAGGCUAUGUGCUCUUACAUCAGAGGAGUGACAAAACGUGGCAGUCUUUCAAACCAAUCUUUUUCUGCUCAUUGCAGUUCUGUAAUCUUUUUUCCCCCUUUGUUGGUUAACCCUUUCCCCUGUAACACUCAGCGAUUUGUUGACUUUGGCAAAUCAAUUAUCUCUCAGUCAGGUAAAAUUUUCUAAAAAUCUAAGGACUGUCACCCAUUCUCUCCGUAAAGAGAACAGAAAUUAAUAGAACUUGCUUAAAAGCUCAAAAUCUCUAAUUUUUACUGAACUAUCUGCGGUUAGCAGUGUUUUGUCUUAGCUUAUUUGGUGAAAAUUCAAAUGAAUGUUUCAUGGGUUGCAAAUCUAUGUGUUAUCGGAACAUUAAUAUUAGUUGUUGAAAAAUAUCUAGCAAUGACUCGGCCAAUAUGGUCUUUGCUGUUUUGCAACAAUUAUCCGAAGGUUAGAAAAUUUUAAUUUCUAUCCACUUUCUUUGGAAAUUUUUCCUGUCUUAGUUCAGCUUUUUACAUUUAGCCUCAUAAAUUUAUGAUUCUCCUUUCCCAUUUCUACAUUUUUGUCUGAAGUUAUUUUACCUACCUCUAAUCGUCAGCGUUUAGCUUGAGGUCAAGUUUUUUAUUUCAGUGGACCACUAGAUACAAUAAGAAUUGGAGCACCCUGAGAUAUGUUUCCUCAUUAACUUUUCAUGAAAAAUGAGUUGACCCCAUUUUAAAAGGCCAUUAUCAGCUUGCUAGUAAGAAAUUCAGGGUCAUAAUUUUAAAUUGAAAUACUUAAUUAAUUUUCAGCUUGCAAAGAAACUCUGAUCAAUGCUGAACAAAUCAACUGUUAAAAACUGAAUAACAAAUCAGGCAAAUACCUAGACUUUUGCUCAUCAAAAAUCUCCCUCCUCCGUCAAUGUUCAGAAAUCCAAAAUUGUCAAGACUUUUCAGCUCAUUGAAAACAUUAAUUACUUGCGAAGCAUACUGAAAUUAAUUUUGUGAUUGACUUAAGUCAAUUAGAUCUAAGUUUUCUGGUGAAAGGGAAGUUGAAAGUAACGAUUUCAGAAAACCUGUUAUCUUGCUUUACUAGUUAAAUCCACACAUUUUUAAUUUUUUCUUCGUGCCCUUGAAAUUUUGGUGAGAAAACAUAUACUUUGGUGCCGAGUUUUUGACAUUGUCUAGUAGUCCAUUUGUGUACCUACUUGUUGGUUACUUGCUCCUCAUUUUUUGAAUCAUUCUUUUUGUGCAUGAGUAUUUUUAAACCCUGUAUAAUCAUUUCGGGGGUCUUGUAAGGGAUUUCAGGGCACUGCGGUUCUCAUCUGGAAAUAAUCGUUUUCAGACAAAUUUGAUCAGACCUGCUGCCAGCCACAGAUAAAAGACCUGUAACACGUUCAGAUUAAAUAUCUAAAGAUAGGGUUUAAUUUUGUCAUUUUACUCGACGUUCUGAAAUUUUCUAAAAGUUUCUAUUCUCUAUCAUGGAGAAAUAUGAUGUAGAAGAAAAUGAACAGUUAAAGAUUUAAUAAGCAAUUCUUGUCGUUUUACAGCUCUUAAUUUAAAGGCUCAUAAUGCUAUCUGUUCAGAAAAUGUAGGCUCAGAAUUCUGUUAAUAUUUUUGAGUUGUUUCUUUCUGUCGAAAAUAGGAAUGAAAUAUUUUCGAUCAGAGCUCAAUUUUCUCUCUGACUUGAAAAUUCCUUGCAAAGAAAUUCAGGGUAUUUAUUCCUGUGGCUGGUCACAGAUAUUUUAUUUUAUAAUGAUUAAAUCUUAAAUUAGAAUUAUUCCUUCCAAGGAAUUUGACUUGACUGUAAGAGAUCCUGUAAAUCCAGCAGAAUCAUAUUCUAUUUUGUAGUAAAAAUAAGUUGACCUUCCAACACUUGGAAUACAUCUAACAGUGUUAAAAGUUUUACGUUAAUAGAUUUUUUUUCCCUGUAAAAUGAAAGACCUUUUGUGAAGGACCAGUUUGAGAACUGUUUACUUAUUCUGUUUAAGUUACAUAUUUUCAGAUCUAUUUUAGAGCUUUUUCUCUGUUCAGUUUUUUACUCGCGCUCCU